CCUCCCCCUCCUCGGCGGCGGCGGCGGCUUAGGCGGCAGCGCUCGCCAUUGCCGCUGGUGGCAGGAGGCUGCGAGGAGCCGGCGCGGUCGCAGUCUCCACGGCGCAGGCCCACGGUAGCGCAGCCGCUCUGAGGUACCUUCUCACUCAGGUCACUGAGACAGACACAGGGUUGUAAGCUGUAAUGUGGAGACGACUUUCCUCUUUGACAGUGGAUCUUCAUGGAGGAACACGGAGUGCCCCAAACUGAACACAUGGCUACCAUAGAAGCUCAUGCAGUGGCCCAACAAGUUCAGCAGGUCCACGUGGCCACCUACACCGAACACAGUAUGCUGAGUGCUGACGAAGACUCGCCUUCUUCUCCUGAGGACACCUCAUACGAUGAUUCAGACAUACUUAACUCCACAGCGGCUGAUGAGGUAACAGCCCAUCUGGCUGCUGCAGGUCCUGUGGGAAUGGCAGCUGCUGCUGCUGUGGCAACAGGAAAGAAACGGAAACGUCCUCAUGUGUUUGAAUCUAAUCCAUCUAUCCGGAAGAGACAGCAAACACGUUUGCUUAGGAAACUCCGAGCCACACUAGAUGAAUAUACUACUCGAGUAGGACAACAAGCUAUUGUCCUUUGUAUCUCUCCCUCCAAACCCAACCCUGUCUUUAAAGUGUUCGGUGCAGCUCCUUUGGAGAAUGUGGUGCGUAAGUACAAGAGCAUGAUCCUGGAAGACCUGGAGUCCGCCCUGGCAGAGCACGCCCCUGCGCCACAGGAGGUUAACUCAGAGCUGCCGCCUCUCACUAUCGAUGGAAUUCCAGUCUCUGUGGACAAAAUGACCCAGGCCCAGCUUCGGGCAUUUAUCCCAGAGAUGCUGAAGUACUCUACAGGUCGGGGGAAACCAGGCUGGGGCAAAGAAAGCUGCAAGCCCAUCUGGUGGCCUGAAGAUAUCCCGUGGGCAAACGUUCGGAGUGACGUCCGCACAGAAGAGCAGAAGCAGAGGGUUUCAUGGACCCAAGCACUACGGACCAUAGUUAAAAACUGUUAUAAACAGCAUGGGCGGGAGGACCUUUUGUAUGCUUUUGAAGAUCAACAAACACAAACACAGGCCACAACCACACACAGUAUAGCCCACCUGGUACCAUCACAGACCGUAGUCCAGACUUUUAGUAACCCUGAUGGCACUGUCUCGCUUAUCCAGGUUGGUACAGGGGCAACAGUAGCCACAUUGGCUGAUGCUUCAGAAUUGCCAACCACAGUCACUGUUGCCCAAGUGAAUUAUUCGGCGGUGGCUGAUGGAGAGGUGGAACAAAACUGGGCCACGUUACAGGGGGGUGAGAUGACCAUCCAGACGACGCAAGCGUCAGAGGCCACCCAGGCGGUAGCGUCACUGGCAGAGGCCGCAGUGGCAGCUUCUCAGGAGAUGCAACAGGGAGCUACGGUCACCAUGGCACUCAACAGCGAAGCUGCCGCCCAUGCUGUCGCCACCCUGGCCGAGGCCACCUUGCAAGGGGGGGGACAGAUCGUCCUGUCUGGGGAAACCGCAGCAGCUGUCGGAGCACUUACUGGAGUCCAAGAUGCUAAUGGAGUAAUCACCGGUUCUACCCAAUUCUGGAAGACCCCUCGAGGACUGGUCCAGAUCCCUGUGAGCAUGUACCAGACUGUGGUAACCAGCCUCGCCCAGGGUAACGGGCCGGUGCAGGUGGCCAUGGCCCCUGUGACCACCAGGAUAUCGGACAGCGCAGUCACCAUGGAUGGCCAGGCUGUGGAGGUGGUGACGUUGGAACAGUGACAUGCAGCCAUACCAUGGCAUCAUUUUCUAGUCUACUUCAAAAUUUUUUACACGUUUGCAGAGGUGCAAUCAAAUGGAAUUAAGUCUCUCGACUUUGGAAGAAAAGUUUUGUUAACCUUUUUUUUAAAAAGGAAGAAAGGCAGUGGAUUUUGGAAUUGCAUUUUUUAAAAAGCACCACUCUUGAUUUUCUGGGAUUGGUGGAAUAAGAUACUGCGUUGUCAAUUUCACGGUCCCGAAAAAGCCAAAUUGUGGCAGGACUUCUUUCUGCGGAAACGUGUGUAUACUUCCGUGUGUGUAUGUGUGAAUGUGAAUAUAUGUAUAUGUGUACAUAUGGAUAUACACAUUUACAUAUAUAUAUAGAGUAUAUAUAUAUAUGUGUAGAUAUAUAUAUAUAUAUAUAUAUAUAAAGAAACCCGCAUGGAAUUAUCUGUAUGAAAUCAAGGUGAGCUGUGGAAAAAUAAUUCACCCAGUUUAGUGGGUGUAGGGUACGUGGCCAGACAGCCACCUGGUUUUGUUCAUACCAGGGUCAUGCGUUGAGCUACUGACAAACUCAGGCGGAGGUGACCAUGCCCUUCACCAAAGCUGCCUCCCAGUGGCCACCCAGAACUCUCCCUGCUGGGCUCACCUAAGAACGGAGGUUCUGGAUUGGGGUGAGGUCCAGAAACUGUGCUUGCAAGACCCAGGGGCCGCGUGGUCUGGCAGCUGAGACGCUCCUCGGGCUGGCCCAGAUGCUGACCUUGCCACAGGCAAAUGAAAUGUCUUUAAAGCUCCCAGGCAGGGUCGAGAGGGUUUUCUUUCUUUCCCAUCUCCUCCCCUCCCCAGGAAACCUUCUUGAUCUCACGACUGUUAACCCGUCGCUUUGGUUUUAAGGUCAGUCCUGAAUUGGUCAUGUAUAUGAACUGAAGGUGACAGAAGUAUUAAGGGUUUGAGGAGUGCGUGCGCGUUGCGUGUGCUUGUGGGUGUGUGCAUCGUGGAGAGAAUGAGGGGGUGGGAGGAGUUGGAAGGGGAAAGGAAGGAGGGAGAGAAAAAUCUUGUAAAGACCAGGGUGCACCAAUGGGAGCAACUUUUUCCCUUCCUGUGACUUCCUGUAGCUUAACAGAGGAGACGAGAACUGACAGGGGCUCCUGGCGCGAGGAAGGCUGGCCAUUAGACUGAGGGGCACUGGAGAGAAGAGGGCUGAGGGUGCCUCCUGCACCCCUGGAUCAGGCCCGAUCUCAGAAGGGACCUUGCAGCUGUCCCAGGUGCAUUGUGCUAGGCCCAGGCCCCACAGCUUCCCUCUCAUGGCUGUUAAUUGGUCUGGGUGUUCUUUGUAAUGAAAUUCUGUGAUUUCUCAGCCACAAGCAAGCCCUGAGUCUCCAGGGGUUAAUUCACCUGACUUUUUGACAGGCCAAAUCUCUGCUCCUUGAGUACAGGGAUGACUCUUCCUCCCUCCUCCCGGGCCCCCCCACCCCCGUGUGUGACUGUAUAUUUAAUGUGUUUUUUUUUUUAACGCGACAUUAAAAAGAUUCUUCACGUCUUGCUCAGCCUUUGAGAAAAGUUUCAGAUUCUUGUAUUUGCUUGUUUUAUAUAAAACUAUCCAGUGUUCUUUGUAUGUUUUUUUUUUUUUUCUGUACGUAAUGGGGGGAGGGAAGGGAAAUUUACAUAAAACAGUCCUAGUUCUACAAUUUGUUAUUUUUUUAAUUAUUAUUUUUUAUCAUCGUUGUGAAACUGUCCAGGGGCUUUAAAGUCCGUGUUCCUUUGUGGUGAAAUACCCUCCUGAUAGUUUGAGAAAUUGCCAAGAAGAAGAAGAAAAGCAGAACCCCAGUAGCAGAGCAUGGAUUCUGUGUCGUUUUCCAUUCUGUCUAUUACUGCCUCAUUCAAUAAAUAGUUAACGACGUGGCAACAGGAAGUGAAAGUGUUCGUCUGUGUAGGAGCACUUAGCCUCUUAGGAGCUCUCUUUUGGGGUGGCUUGUUCUGCUUUGUAAAAGGAGUAGGUGCUUCUACUCAAGCUCAGUGAUCUUUGACCCGUGUUCCUGGGCGUUGUGGAGCCCUGUAAGGGGGGUGCGGGAGUGGAAGGGGGUGGCUCCUGCCUGUCUUCUGUCACCAGAGCAGCUCUGCUGAAUCAGUUUUACAAGAUGCUGUCCAGAGGGGUUAUGGCGGGGGGGCGUCUAGUUUGAAAAAUCCUAAAGAUAGUUUGAAAACCUCUUCCCUGGAGUUCCUUUUUUAGGGGUUAAUUGCAUUCCACAUUAAAAUCAGGGUGGGUGGUGAUACUUGUCCAUCUGUGUCCUCCCCACAUGAGUGUUGUUCAGUAUUGCAGUGGACUUUCCUUCUUGAAGCGGGGGCCCCAUGCCUUUGUUCCUUUAAGGCCUUCCUCCUUGGCUUCUCUCACAGCUCACUCCUUCAUGUGGCAUCUGUCAUUCUUCUACCCAUACCUCCUGCCACACCCCCGGCUUCGGGCCCUUCCUAAACCUCCCAGUGGUUUUGCACUCCCACACUUGUGCCCGCUGCUUUCCUCAGCUCAAAAUGAUGCUCUCCUUGCCCCCUCCAUCACCCCUUUCUUUCCUUUUGUUGGGUGUUUGGGUCUGUUUCCUGGUAAUAAUGAUUACAAUAGUUGAAUGCGGGAGGUCAGAGAUGUUUUCCUUGCUGAGAGUGGCCCAAUAAAGCCAGUGCCACCCUUCUCCCUUCUUCUUGCCCAAGUGGCACAUCAUCAUCUAUUGUCCCCAGAGAGAGUGAGGCAGAGAAAGGAUUGGUGGCAGCCAGAGCAAGCAGACAUCAUUGCCAUCAGGCACCCCUGCAACAGCUGGUUGUCUAGAGUACCUCUGUGGGGAUGGUGUCUCUCCAUAGGCACAGUAAUUCUGUUCGCCUGGCAAGACCAAGUUGCUGCCUGUUCAACAAGCAUGUGUUGAAGCCCUCUUUGGUGGGGCUGAUAGAGAACUUCACUUCCGUUACUGCCCAACUCACCAGCAGGAGCUGCUGACUCAGCUGCCUCCAGGGCCCCGGCAGGUGGAAUCUGAGUAAAGCGGAAGCCGUUCCGUUGUGAGAGGGGAAGGAGUGAUGGAGACAGGCACAGUGGAGAGCAUCUCUAAAAGGAGUGGCCUCUCCUCUGACUGUCUCCAAGCAGGAGGAACAUGGGCCCUGCAGUCCUAUCUCUUAAAUUUUCCAGAGAAACUGAGGAGUCCAGAUUUGUGCAUGAAUUUCCUGAUUUCAACAACAAAUCAAAAGUCUUUCACAUACUUUCCCGGCAAAACAAAACCCACCUGUAGACCAGCUCUGGCCCCAGGCAUCAGUUUUACUUUAGUGAAUGCUUGCCACGUGCCAGGUGAAUGAAGCAUAGCAGUUGCCCAAGAAACAGGAUGAGACGAGGAGAUGUUUUUGUGUGAACAGACCGUGGCAGCCCAGUGUGAUAAGGU